UUCUUCCGUCCCGUCGCUAACAAAAAGGCAGCAGGCAGACAGACAAAGACCAGACCACAGACCUCGCUCGCUAAACCCCCUCCCUCUCACUCUCUAGCCUAAACCCCCAAUCACCCCGCCCAAUCUUUUUCGCCGCCGCCUCCGCUUCCCUCCAUUCUUCCAAUUCCUUCUCUUCUCCUCCGCGCGCGAUCGAUCCGGCAGCAGAUCGGAGCCCGAUCGUGUCCAGUGCCGGCACAAAUCGAGCACAAGGAGCGAUCGCCGCCGGCGCCGGGGAUUGGGUUGAUGGAGCCCGACAUGGUGGUGGUGGCGGAUCCGGACGAGUGCACGGCCUCCGGCGAGCCCAAGGCCUGCACCGACUGCAACACCACCAAGACGCCGCUAUGGCGCGGCGGACCCACCGGACCAAAGUCGCUGUGCAACGCGUGCGGGAUCCGGUACCGGAAGAGGAGGAGGCAGGCCAUGGGGCUGGACCCGGAGGUGAAGAAGAAGCCCAAGAAGGAAGACGCCGCCGCUGCCAACACCAACACCAAGGCUGCUUCUGCUGGUGCUGCUGAUCAGGAAGGAAAGGACAAGGACAAGGAGAAGAAGGAGCCCCGCACGCACACUGUGGAGCUCCACAUGGUGGGCUUCGCCAAGGACGUCGUGCUCAAGCAGCGCCGCCGCAUGCGCCGGAGGAAGCCUUCCUGCCAGGGCGAGGAGGAGAGGGCCGCCAUCCUCCUCAUGGCGCUCUCCUCCGGCGUCAUAUACGCCUGAUUAUAUCUCCAGAUCGGUCUGCAAUGGCGCGCGCGUGUGUGAUCGGCCGAUCGAUCUAGCCCUGCCCUGACCUGCAAGGAGGAAGAAGAAGAAGCAAAACAGAAAUGAGUCUUCUUCUUGCAGUUAACUUGGCACCAAUCCAUGGAUGUAGUAGCAGCAAGUUAAUAAUCAAUCUCUUCAUGUACUACUAGUACUAGCUUAAGCUUACCUUAGCCUAAUAGCCUGCUACCCCCUGUUACUUCGAUUUCCUAGUAGCCGUGUUACUGCUAAUGUUUGUUUUAGUAGUGUACCCUCUGACUUUGCGAUGUAACAAUGAAUAUCUUGUUAUGUUUCUGUUCCUGCAAUGAGUCUGGAAUCUGUGCC